AUGCUUCGCCAACUUUUAAUAUUCCUUUGGCUCAUAUUAAUGUCGUUUUCAAAAUUUGAUUCUUGCGAUCAAUGGAUUCAACAAAUCGGCGAUUUGGACUUUUUCACUGAAGCUCAGAUUCGCCUAAUUUGUAUGCAUAAAAAAGAAUGGACCAAGGAUCGAGAUACGGAGGCCUCGCGAAAAUUCAUCGAAUCAACGACAGAAAAUCAGUUGAAAUACUUGAGGAGUGUCGAACACUGCACACGAAAAAAUUGCGUGAGAGAUGCCCGACGAAAGAAAAGAGCGCCAACGAAAUCAAUUCGAAAAGAAAUACGCAUGCUGACUCCUAGGGAGUUGCGAAAUUUGGCAAUUGCGAUGAAUGGCCUCAAGAAUCGGAAUAUCGAUAACAUCACUGCCUGGGACCUUCACACACUCGUUCAUUAUCCUGACAGUGCUCCAGGAGCUCAUUGGGGUCCCGCGUUUCUUCCGUGGCAUCGAGAAUUCCUUCGCCAAUUUGAAAUCGCUCUUCAAACCGAGGUGCCCACCGUGACACUACCAUAUUGGGACUCAACACUUGACCAGGGCCUUCCUGAAGAGUCAGACAGUGUGCUUUGGACAGCUGAAUUGCUGGGAAAUGGCAAUGGGUAUGUGAAAACGGGACCAUUUGCCAACUGGGAUACAAAUGUGCUGAUGCCAAUGAGUCAGGUUCCUGUUAAAAAAUUGUACCGAUUCACCGGAGGACGACCGCAAGAUCGUCUAAUGACACCACGCGACGCUAAUUGGAUUAUUACGCGAAAGAAUUUCAGCCAACUUACGUUUUGCCAUGAUAAGACAUUCGAAACAAUGCACGGUCUGAGUCAUGUCUGGGUCGGCGGUUUUAUGUACGUCAUUCGAGUGAGCCCGAAUGAUCCGGCAUUCUAUAUGCAUCACGCGUUUAUUGACAAUCUGUGGGAGCAAUUUAGACAGAAUAGUCAAACAAGAGAAGAAAGAGAAAAUCAAUGGAAAAAUUGCAACAAAAAUCAUGGAUAUGAUGUUCAAAUGAAACCCUUUACGAUUCAAAAUCGAGAUGGAUUAAGCAAUCAAUACACUGAUGAAUGGUAUGAAUAUGAACCUGUAAGACAUUGUACUCCGGAUUCAGCAACGUGCGAUUCUCAGUACCUCUGGUGUGAUUCAGAUCUUUGGAGGUGCCGUAGUAAGAUAGUUUAUGGUGGAAACUGCACUGGAUAUGAAGGAACCCAGAUAUGUUACAAUUCGGUAUGCAGUAAAGGAACUUGCGUGGUCCCGCCACGAAUUCGCACCGGAACUCGUCUUCACAUCGAAGAUAAAAACGAGGAAUGGAAAGAGAGUGUUUGGGCGAAAACGGUGAUGAUCGAUGAGAAUGGCAGCGGUGUGAUCGACGAUCUCGCAAGGAUUACUGUAAGGGAUCUGGAGACGAAUGAAAGUGUGACGGUGUUCAACUAUGGCGAAUACACUUUCCCGGAAAUUUCGGGCACAGUUUAUUUGAAUCUUCCGAAACCGCGAGGAUCUCAAACGAAAAGAGUUUCCCUUGAAGCCGUUGAUCAAUACGGAAGAUAUUGUCAAUCGCAGUGCUACAACUCGACAAGUGAACGUUUUCAGGUUUGUCAACCGAUGCUCAACAUUUCAAUGAAAUUCGAUAAACACGUAUCCCCAAUUUCGUUUACUCAUUCGAUGUCGUCAAGAACUUUCCUUGACACGGAUCUCUCGGUUCAUCCGAGACUUUUGAAACCUCAAAUGCCUUAUAUGGUGUUCAUCUGUGCUCGAAAGCUUAUCACGUCGGCAAUGAUAUUUGAUUUAGCAGAAAGUGUUCGAGCUCAAAUUUCCAGAGAAAGCUUCGUAUUUUUCCGAAUUACGUUGUUUAGACAGCCGUUUUCAAAUUAUCAAAUAGAAGUUGUCCCACAGGCCAUCGAUGGGCCAAUAUGGACGUCGUCUGUCGAAAAAGCAACGUCUGCUUUUGAUCCCAAUGUUAUUUUUGUUCAGGCGCCGAAUCCAGAACUUCAUCGAGGAGGCGUUCGAGUUCUUGUCUCAAUUCUCGAGGAUAAUCAAAGGGUUUCAUGUACCAUUAAAUGCACUUUGAAAGAUGGAUCGAUGCGAGAAUGCGACGGAAAUGUCGAUCUUCAUUCUGAUUCGUCUCUUUCUGAUGAAGAUGUCUUUACUACAGAUCUGACAGCGCUUUCUGUCCUUGGCUGGAAUAUGAAGGGUCAUCCUACUCAAUGGAGGCACAAGGUGCCAUACUUGGCAUUCCACUGUUAG